AUGGUGGAUCGGGCUGGACGGCAUCAUGGUGUCCAAAUGACAUAUAAGCCACUUGCAGACCGCCUCCAGGCUGUCCUUUAUGAGGCUCCACAAGCGUGUUACACGGAUCUCGUGCCCCUGGUGAGGCAGGAUGCAGCUUUGGGAAAUGUCAAGUGCGCCACGGGGGUGUUUGGCACGUGUACGCCGCGGUAUUCUUGCUCCAUUAAGUGGUGUAACAUGGUCGAGGCUUUCGGAUGCAUGCCUGCUUCCGUCACAAAGGUUGCAUGGUACUGCAUCCGAACGACGUUGAAGAAGUGGGUGCAGUAG